GUCCCCCGAAUCCCCCCCAGCACGGUGGAGACAGCCAGCCUGGUUAUGGUGUCGGUGUAUGGCUGCAGUCGGACACACAGACACGGUGUGCAGCCAGGUCCCCCUCCUCCCAGCCCGCGGCCCCCGCCAUGCUCGGCUACCUGGACACGGCGCUCUCUCCGACCGGCAGCUCCUGCACGCCUGAUCCCUGGCACCGGCAGCCGCGCUGAGUCCCGCCCCUCACCCAGCCUCUGAUUGGACGCUCGCGCUGACCUCGCAUUCCGAUUGGCUGCUUGCUGCUGUCACUCACACACUACGUCCCCGCUCUGACUCCUCCCAGUGAGCCCCGGUGUGCGCACCCCCCUCCUCCCCCGGCGAUGGCGGAGCGCACGGCCGACUAGUCACUCACCUUCCAGCCGCAGGCACGGGGGACAAGCCUAGUGUGAGCGAGCCGUCACCUCACAGCCCCAGUGCGACACAACCAAACCCCCGCCAAAAAAACAACCCCGGGCCGCGCAUGCGCAGCUCCACCCUGCGCCUCAGCACCCGCCCCGCGCGAUGGCCCCCCCGGUACCUCGCUGUGCCGGCGGGCAGGCAGGCGGUAUUACCAGCGGUCAGCAGGGUCACCACGGCUGUCUGUAACGCCGUACUACCGCGAAGAGCCGUCCGGUGUCCGUGAAACACGCCGCAGAAAGAGGGCGGGGCUUCGCGUUCAAAAACUCGUGAUUGGCACAACGUACGGCCCAAUGAGCGAAGCCCGAGCGUGUGGCGAAAAAGAAAAUGGCGGCGGGAGCGUGGGGCGGGACUUCCUCAUUACAAUGGCGGUCGCUUCGACCAAUCAGCGAGCGCGUGUUAUUUUUAAAGCCGCUCCAGCCAAUCGGUGCCGCUGAAUGUUAAAUGACAGCCAAUGGGAUAAGGGGGGUGGGGCUAAGGGGCUAUACAUAGGCUGGCCGUGCUUGUAUAGAACGAUCUCAGCGCUCUCCAUUUCCUUCUAGCUCGAUCUCUGAGGGAGUCACCUCGCUGCCAUCACCGCUACCGUCACCAUGCACAAAUCAGAGGUAAGGCCUUGUCCACCCCGGCCCGCCGGGGCCCUGCUCCCAGCCGCAGUGUUCACAUUAGCCAAUAUUGAUGGGAUUGCUGGUAAUGUGCGUAGGCUGUGUCCGUAUUUAUCAAUAAUUACCGGCUCUGCGCUCCGACACGAGGCCGGGUCACACCGUGCGCUCAAUAGACGGACCGCUCGGGGCUUAGAUUGAUUUAUUUUAUUAUUACUUUAUAAAUCGUAGAAUGUCUCCUGUCUAAGCUUAGUAUUCUCUAAUAAUAAUAUUAAUAAUUAUAAUAAUGUGUCUGGCGGUUAGUGACUCCGUCAGAACAGGCCCAGUUAUUACCCAGAGCCGGUAAAUGUAAUCCUCCCAAUUCGGUGUCUCCGAGCCGGGUGUUAAUAUCGGUGGGGGAUACUCGCUGUAUAUCGGCCGGUCUCGGAUUGCUGCGCUUGCCGUGUCAGUAGGGCUAGGCCUCGGAGCCUUUCUUUGUGUCCGCCAUUUUGUGAGCCCCUCCUCCCCCGCUGGCCCCGCCCGCACUGCCCUCGCUGCAGCGAGCUAAUGGCGCCCGCAUUGUCUGCCCGAGCAUGCUGUUACUGGAUGGCGGGACACAGCCCAUCUACAUUAACCCCGCUUACUAAACUGGGUACACCGUCUCCACCCCAAACCCGACUCAUAUCAGGGGCUCGGUGUACUGGGUUUACAGAAGGCAAUAUUUAACUUUAUAUUGAAAAUGAGAAAAGGGGUGCUCACAUCAUGUGACUAUUUUAUAUAGAAUUCACAUUAUCCAUACUUUACUCUUGUCUCAGGCUGGCUAAUGACUCGGCAGGAGCAGUUAUUUCUAGUAGAAAUGGACUGUAAAACUUUUUUUUAGGCAAAAUGUUGCACAUACAGCCCCAGGCACCAUGUUCACUUUAAAUCAGUGAAAUAGUCAUGUUGUGUAGAUUAAGCAUUUAAAACCAGUCCCUAAUGCAAAUAGUGACCGAGAACUCCAGAAAGUGGCCCAACAAUGUGAGAAAUGUAUAAAAUGAACUCUACCUGAUCCCAGUUGCGAAUUAAGUUUUCACUUGACAUUCUGGCCACCAGUAUGGAAUGGACAUGUGUGAGUUGCAAAUUGUUAACCGUAUCCAUUUAAACAGGGACAUAACUACCAAGCAUUGCAGUCUUUCGUGUAGGACUGCUGGUGCUAGAUAUAGUUCUAUCUUGUACUUAUGUUUCUUUGUUGAAGGGCAUAUCUGCACCUGGAAAGGUGAUCUGCAAUUUUCUUUUUUACUUUUACUUCCUGUGUUAAAGUUAAUGCAGAAUAAUGAUUUAAGCAGUGAAGAGUUGGCAGAGCCAUCACUGUUAUCAAUCGCCAGUAAAUAGUUUACAUCCAUGGCAGCAACUGAAAUUCCAGUUACCUUGUGUUAAGUCUUAUAAAAUUAUUAUUAUUUUUUUUUUAAAGGAACCUGAACAGCUGCGUAAGCUCUUUAUUGGAGGACUCAGCUUUGAGACUACAGAUGAUAGCCUGAGGUCACACUUUGAACAAUGGGGAACACUCACAGACUGUGUGGUAAGAAUACUUUUGACAAAUUAAUCACAUUUUAAUCCUACUGGUUAGUUGUGGUCUCAAUAAUUUAAGUUGGUAAUUUGUUGCUUGGUCUGUGGCAUGCUCUUGUUUAACUGCACACGUAAGGCAAAUAACCUGAUCAAAUAUUUUGCUGGGUUGCUUGGAUGGAUAAGCACACUGACAAAUAAAAUAAUUACUGUUUAAACAGGUGAUGAGAGACCCAAAUUCAAAGCGUUCUCGUGGAUUUGGCUUUGUUACCUACUCUUCAGCAGAAGAGGUUGAUGCUUCAAUGAAUGCCAGGCCACACAGGGUGGAUGGGCGUGUAGUUGAACCAAAAAGAGCAGUUUCAAGAGAGGUACGUUAUUUUUUUUAUCUCUAUAAGGUAGCAGUUAUUUAUACAUCUUUUCUUUGAUAGCAAGAUCUCAAUAUACAAUGUGUAACUUGUUGCUUGUUACUCUUCAGGACUCAACAAAGCCAGGUGCUCACCUCACUGUUAAAAAGAUCUUUGUGGGAGGUAUAAAGGAAGACACUGAAGAACAUCAUUUAAGAGAUUAUUUUGAGCAGUAUGGAAAGAUUGAAGUUAUUGAGAUAAUGACUGAUAGAGGCAGCGGCAAGAAAAGGGGCUUUGCUUUUAUUACAUUUGAUGAUCAUGAUUCAGUGGACAAAAUAGUCAGUAAGUUGGCAGUUGCAUUUCAUAACACUAUGAAUCGGUUUGGUCUCUAAUGUAAAAGGUAUUGUACUUAUUUGACUUUUCUUGUUACAGUACAGAAAUACCAUACGAUCAAUGACCACAACUGUGAGGUGAGGAAAGCUCUAUCCAAACAAGAAAUGGCAACUGCUUCAGCCAACCAAAGAGGUAAGUCUUGUAGUUUCCUCUAGAAGUGACUUGCAAAACUUGCUUUUGUUUUCCAAGUACCAUACUAUAAAUAUAUUCUAUCUAGGGCGUGGUGGUUCUGGAAAUUUUGGUGGAAGAGGUGGAUUUGGAGGCAGUGAAAACUUUGGCGGAGGAGGACGUGGUGGCGGCAACUUCAGUGGCAAUAGAGGUGGUAAGUUGUGUUUUUUUUUUUUUUUUUUCUCUUGCCAAAGACCUUUUAGGAUGUCUCCCUCCCCAUGUACUGCUGCACUGAGUUUUUGAGAAACCAUGCUUUUUGGUAAGCAACUAUCUAUCUUGCACUCUUUUAAAAGAAUCACUGUCCCACUAAGUGUUUACUUAGCAUUAUUUACUGAAGAAACUUUAAUAAUUCUACAGGUGCAGCACGCAGCUUUUUGAUAUUUAGAAAAUGUAAUGCAACUCUUGAGUAACUGUACUGCAUGCUGAAAUACAGGCUCUCAUCACUUUAUGGAGGAUAACAGGCAAUCUGUAAAUUAUUUGCCUGCAGUUUGUCUGUAGAAACUAUUUUAGAUCAAUAAUCAUUUUGUACCCUUAAACAGGGGGAUAUGGUGGACGUGGCUACGGAGGCGAUAAUUAUAAUGGCUUUAAUGAAGGUGGAUAUGGUGGCAGUCCACCUUAUUCUGGAGGUGGAGGUGGACGUGGCUAUGGAGGUGGUCAGGGAUAUGGAGGUGGACAAGGAGGCAACUAUGGUGGCAAUGGAGGUGGAUAUGAUGGCUACAAUAACGGAGGUGGCAGUGGCUAUGGAGGCGGAAAUGGUAAGUACUUCUCAAUUGGUUUAAAGGAGGCAAUUUUUCUCUCCUGUGCAUGUAUUGACACUUAUUUUUAUUUUAGGCAACUUUGGCAGUGGCGGCGGUGGAGGUGGUGGUGGUGCUGGAGGAUAUAAUGAUUUUGGCAACUACAACAGUCAAUCAUCAAACUUUGGCCCAGUAAAAUCGGGCAAUUAUGGAGGCCGAAGCUCUGGACCUUAUGGAGGAGGUGAGAAUUUUCAAUAUUAAAUGUGGGUGAAAUUGUCUCUAGUGCAGGUUAAAUAUGCAUGGGUUAUCUGAUGCAGCAUACCAGUGUUUGGUAUUUUAGCAAAUACUCCUUUGUGACCUUAUGCCACUCAAGUGUGUUUAUUAAAUCUGUCUUUACGCUAGGUGGCUAUGGUGGUGGGUCCAGUGGUAGUGGCAGCGGCAACGGUUAUGGAAGUGGGAGGAGAUUUUAACUUAACAGGUAUGAUGUUUAUAUUUUAAUUCUCAACCUGUUCCAGUAAAGGCUUAUACAGAGCAGGCAACUGCCACUUAAACUUCAGUUAUGUUCGUAUUUUGUAGAUUAACACUUAUUCCGUAUUAUUCAACAGGAAGCAAUGCUUAGCAGGAGAGGAGAGCCAGGCAAGCGACAGGUUACUACAAAAGUUGAAUUCAGCCAAGCACAGUUGUAGCAGGGCAUAGCUGCUGCAUGAAGAAAUGUUAGUGAAUCUUUUUAACGUGUGAGGAAAACACACAGGACUAUGCGUGACUAAUUGUAUGAAGACUAAGCUUAUGUUGAAGUGUAAAACAUUCCUAAGGACUGAGUUUUUGUUUUUUUUAAUAUAUAGGAUUUUUAUUUUCCUGCAGUUGUGUUGGUAAAGGACUGUACAAACUGGAUCAUGACAUUUAAUAAAUGUUUUUUAUACACCUGGUUAUCAAUCCUUAGUGUGGGCAUCAAAUAGUAUAUUUAUCUUGGCAAAAUGGCCAUUUAUUGAAAAUGUACUUAAGUGGUAGGCACACAUGGAAAGUCACUUCCUCUUAUCUAUUUGAGACUUUGCCAUCUUGGAACUGGUCAAGUGAAGCUUGUCAGACAUUAACUGGGCUAUUCACUAAAGUGAGAAUUCAACAUGAAAUUUUAAACACUCAAUUCCUAUAAAUAUGAAAAUCCUUAUUCCCUAGCCUUUUGUGUAUGACCAGGUCCUUCAGCCAUAGACAUACUUGCAUCAGACAUUGUUUGGGGAGCAGGUUGUGGAAGACUCCACUUUUCAAAACCUGCUUGACCACUUGCCUAUUUUGGUGUAAAUCUUAAAAUUCACUCUAAAUCCUCAGUUUAGUGAAAAGUUGUGCUGGCUCCAGGUAUUUUAAAGGACCUCUCCACACAAUAUACUUGAGCUUGCUGAAGUGCCCUGAGUGAAGACUAUCACAUGAUUUCUUAAAGUGCAGAUUUUCUGUUAAAAAUUCUUAGUUUUAGAAGUUAAACAUGCAGCCAGGAGAGCUUCCCCUGAGCUAAUAAAGGCAGCACUCAAUCUAUUUUAUCCUACCUGCUUUCCCCAACUGUCCCCAUGCAUACCUCAAACCGGGAUGCUGUAAGUACAUGUACUCUGUGGGGAAAGGAAUGGAAAAUUUUAUAUAUAUUUUUCUCCCACCUGGGUACAUGCAUGUAAUCAUUGGGGUAUAUAAUCAAUAGUGAUUUCUAAGUCUUUGCCCAUGUGGGCAGUGUAGUCUUCAUUUCUUUUUUUUUUUUUUUUUUUGAGAGCUAAUUUUAGAUUUAGCUGUAAUAACAAACCCUAGGUAUUGUAAUAGUGGCUUGGAACAAAUGGCAGCAUGACUGGAAGCUGAGGGUAUUUACUUAUUGUAGAUGAAUACCUUUCUGACACCCAAUAUUGCAUUAACUAGACCUGCUUGCACAAAGCCACUGUCUUGAGUGCAGCAUUGUCUGAAGUUGCAAUGUUAAAUGUUUGCAAUGUAGUGCCCUCUAAAAAUUUCUUGCAUUGUUGGCAUCUCUGGCCAACCACAAAUCCCAGAAGUAGUUUUUGUUCUGCUUCCUGAUCUCUGAAACUUUGCAGGACAUUAACAGGGUGACCUUGUAAUGCUGUGGCACGUGUUCAGGUACAGAAAUAAGCAUUCAAAUGGAGGUGAGACUGAAGGCAGUGUCUUGAGAUGCAUAAUACUGCAAGAGGUGGGAGAGGGCUAAAAUAUUUGCCUACAAGACAUGGUGACUAGGCCAGAAGCUGUAAAGGCAAAUGCUGCCUGAAAUUCCUGAUAAAAUGGGCCUUUUUGUUUGGGUCCAGGGAUUUAUUUCUCUAUUCUCCCUUCCCUCACACACUUAGUAUGGUCCUUCUGAGGAUGAAGACAGUUAGGAGCAAAGUCAAGUCUAGCUAAACGAUAAAGUGGAUAUUAGACUUCUUUCACAGCUCAGACCAGGCAAUGCUCACCUAACAGUAGCCAAGAAUCAAGUAAAAAGGUAUAUGCACUUUACGGCUAGCAAGAUAAAUGGCAUUCGGCAGAACCAGCGGAAGGAGUCAGACAAGUAAAGAGUCUUCAAUUUAAGCCUAGCAGGCAGUUCGAGCCAGAAGUGACAGUUUUGUAACCUUGAUAGUAGGUAAGAACAGAUUUUAUUGUGAUUUUUGUGCUUAAUUUAACAUUUUGUGCUUGGAGUUUCAUUUUGUGCGUAUAAUGAUGGAUAGGCAGCAGCCAGGUCUUCUUACUGGAUGAAAACCAAUAUAAAUGUAGUACUUGGUAGCUCUGGUACCAAGGAUUUGGUAUUCUGUAAAUAAGGUGAAGCAGAUUUUUUUUAAUUACUUUUCACUUCAAAGGAACUCAAGGCACCAUAACCACUACAGCCCUUUAUAGUGGCAGGUGUGCCCCUGCAUCGUCCACUGUAAAAACAGAUUUUUGGUAUACUUGGCUACCUUUUCCCCCUGCAGGAGAAUUUGGGGUUUCUGUAGAGAGACUCUGUUCAUACAGGACUGCUUAUAGGCUGAGCUCACUCAGAUGGUGGGCUCAGCCAUUGAGUGUAGUUCUAUAUGGCCUUGGUUAGUGGUACAGAUCUAAGCCAGAUUCUCUUGCUGGAGGAUACUGGAAGCAGGUGCUGAGUGCCAGGUAAGUUUUUGGAAAUUUUAGACUACUUGCAGUGGGAGGGCACUCAUGGGACCAUAACUGAAGUUGGCUCUGGUGGUUAGGGGUGUUCCUUUUGAGACUGAUCAGAUAACUUAAUCUACUUGUGCAAUCUGUACAGAAAUUGCCAGGCUAACUGGUCUAGUUUCAUAGUUUAAACAAAGUCAAUUAUGGAAGCUUACAAGGCACCAUGAUGUAAGAAAAAGUCAAGAUUCUAUGCAGUGUGUAGUUUUAGAUUUUUAAAGUUUGCAGCAGACAGACCUAAAAUAAGCUAGAAGAUAUUGUCUGUUUUAUGAAAUUUUAACUGAACUCUUCCUUCUUGCAUUGCUCUAAACUUUUUGUACUUUUUUUUUUAUUACAGGAGGUUGUGCAGCUGUUGCAUAGCUUAGAUGUAGUUUCACACUCUUCAGACUUCUGCCUACCUGGAUAAAAGUAGUGAGGUAAAUGUUGCAUAUUUAGGGUUUUAUUGUAAGUGAUGCAGGGGGAAUAAAAACUACCACAAUUUUUUUUUUUUUUUAUUUUUUUUUAUAUUCCCCCUCCAGAUUUUGGAAUGCUGUCCACUAAAGCUCCAGUCAUCUGAACGCAAGUUUCGUGUUAAAACUUAUUUGCAUACUUUUGUGUCAAUAACUGUGAAGGUAAGUUGUCUUAACAGGAAUCGUCCGUUAGGAUAAUGAGGCUCUUCAAGCAAGAUGUAUGGACCUACAAACAAAACAGAAGGCGUUGAUCUUGAAUGACUUGGGAAUUUUUUUUAAAGGAACUUUAAACUUUAUUUUAAAAUGAAGGCAUUCAUUAAUAUCUUGUGAUCAGAUAAAAAAAAAAAAGCUUGAAAAAUAUCCAGGCUUAAAGGUACACUUUAGGUGUAUUCCUAAUCCUAAAGUGUCCCUCUGUUUUUGUUAAACCCGUUCAUGGAUGGGGGCACAGACGGUUACUUGAUUCCAGUGCUGGCAUCAGCCUGGUGGGGGGGGACACUUUAGACUUAACCCAUAGGGAAGCAUUUAAUUCAUGCUUUCUUAGUGUUCUGCGUAAAGGGACACUAUAGGCACCCAGACUACUUCACCUCAUUGAAGUGGUCUGUGUGCAGUGUGUCUAUUGCACGGAGUGUUGCAAUGCAAACAUUACAGUUCCUUUGGAACUGCAAUAUUUCAUAUUGCUGCAUUAAGUCGUGCUUCGUGAAUCUUAACAGACAUUUUGGUUUGUUAACUGACGCUAUACGUCUUCACUCUCUGUAUUGAUUCAAGGCUUUCCUAUGCAAUGCGUUUGCACCUACCAAAAGUGGGGAACUGGCAUCUGGGUCUUGUCCUGUCUUAUGUGGACACCAGGAAACUAUCCCCAACAAUCAUAGCAUGAAUGUAUCGUUCAGGGUGCAUAUUUUGCCUUCAAAAGUCUAGCUUGAGUGGUGGACAGGAAACUUGGUGUGUACAGUAUGCACACCAUGUGGACAUGCCCCUUUUCUGGUUUGAUGUCCACCCCUUCACUCCUAGAUAGGUUCUGAGACAUGAGUGUCAGAAUUAAAUCAUAGAGAAUGAAAGGGUGCCUGUUCUGGUAGAUAGCUGUGUGUCGUUUAGCUAGAUAAGAGAUGGCACUAUGGAAAGAAGACAGGCCAAGCAGAGGCACUAUUAUGCUGGGAAAUAUUGUUUCUUUGCAUUUAUGUGGUUGUUACUUUGACACGUACCACAUACCUAGAGAUUGUUGUAGACUACAUAUACAUGGCAGUGCUGUAUUUCAGCAAGAUAAUGCAUAUUGCAAAAAAUAUGAGGGAAUGGCUUGAGUAAUAUGAGAGUUAAAGGUGUUGCCUUUGCCUCUGAACUCCCCAGAUCUCAAACUGAUUGAGCCUUUGUGGGAUGUGCUGAAACAACAAAUCAGAUGUAUGGUGGUCCAACCUCGCAACUUGUAGGACUUAAAAGAUUAGGCAGAUGGUUUUGUGUGUGUAUAUGUAAAUGCAUACAUUACACACGCACACAUGAAACCAAGUUGGCUGCACUUACCUGAGCAUGCAUACAUUUUAAGUGUGCUGCUGGUACCAAUUCAUAAAACAAACAACCAGCACACUCAUUCACUAAGCAACUUUCAAGCUUACAGAAUGUUUUAUUAUUUUUUUUAAUACCUGACAAAAAAUAUGAUAAAUUGCAUAAGUCUGCUACGAUGCCAACAUACCUAAUUUUUUGCAGGUCCAAUCCUAUAAAAUAAAACUGCAGCAUUCCUGAUUUGAUGUGUAAAUUACAUAGCUGAAAAGAGACUUGCGUCCAGCUCCCCAAAUGGAAUGAUUUCCCAAGUAAGUAGGUUGAUCUCAUAAGAGCAGUCAUUAGGUUGCUAGGAUAGAACCUGCCAAAAAUGGGGUACAGUGGCAUUGUGGCAGGCUUAUGCAAUAUAUGACCUUAUACUGUAACAAAACUGCCAUUAUUUGUUAUAGGAUUACUCUUUUGAUCUUUCUAGGGUGGUUAAUCUUUUUUUUCAGUUGAGAAUAAAGUGUAAUCUUCUAUUCUUUAAUAAAUACAUUUGAGAAGACAUGUCUGGCUUUUUUAAUUUUAUAUAUAUUCCCUACAGGCCAUGAAUUUUAAGUAGCUCUUUAAAUUACACAAUUAAUGUGAAAGUAUGUUAGCUAUGUAUAAGAAAAUACACUAUGCUUGCAAGCAAUUGCUUAAUCAUUUUGGACAUAUGAGACGUAUCUGGCUAUAAACUUUAAAUGACACAGCAGACUGGUCGCAGCGUACCGGCAUGGGACUGCUGUGGUGGCACAAG